AUGUCUCAUCCUCUUAUGGCUUGUCAAAUGGUUCUUUGGGGGUGCCAGCAACAGCUCAGAGCGAUUGAUGAGAUCAAAGGUUGUGAUGAUCACGGUAAGCAACCUCCAUUGUAUUCCGCAAUGUUUGCCAACAUCCUUCAGGGUGGAACUUCAGGUAUAGGUGCAGCGGUCGCCCAGGAUCUUGCCUCUCGCGGAGCGCAAAUCAUCAUCUUAACGCACCAUGAAUUGACCGAUCCUUUCCUCGUUGACUAUCUGGAGGAUAUCCGCAGCUCUAGUAACAAUGAAUUGUUUCGCUACCAAAUGGGUCGACAAUGCUCCCCAAGAAGACUUGACAUGAUUGUCCUAUGUGCUGAUACGUUGACACCUCGUUUCGGUAUCUUGGCCAAGACGCAGGACAAUGUGGAUCCAGUCUGGGCAGUGAAUUACCUCGCCAACUUCCAUCUCUUAAGUAUCUUGAAUCCUGCUAUUAAAGCACAGCCCCCGGAUAGAGAUGUUCGCGUGGUGUUCGCAACAUGUUCUAGCUAUAUUGGAGGAGAUAUUAAGAGUUUGAAAGACGAUCGAGACCCGCUACCGAACGGAACGAAAUACGAAACUAGCAAGCUUGCCAGCAUGGUCUUCGCCCUGGCCUUCCAGAAGCUGUUGGACAAGCAUAAACGACCGGACAAUCAGCCGAACAACACAAGAGUAAUCCUGGUUGAUCCUGGUUUCACCCGAACGCCUGGAAUGAGGCGAUGGCUGACUAUGGGCUCUCUAUUGGGCCUGUUUCUGUACCUUGUGACUCUACCAUUCUGGUGGCUCGUUCUGAAGUCUCCAAUUCAAGGGGCGCAAGGAUUUCUAAAGGCAGCAAUGGAAGCAGACUUAGGGCGAGGUGUUGGAGGAAGAUUGCUGAAAGAAUGUAGAGACAUUGAAUACCGCAGGCCGGAGAUCAAGGACGAGCAAGUGCAGAGAAGGCUCUGGCAAUUCUCUGAGAAGCAGAUCGAAGCUCUGGAGAAGGAAGGCGCAGUGCGGAGAGCGCUUGGCAAGAAAGAGAAGGAGGGAAGAGAAAAGCUAGAAAGUCAAGCUACUACUGACGUGCCUUCGAAUGUGACCGAAGCAAACGCAAAUGGACAUGCGGUAGCCGCAGAGUUGGCAAAGGCGGAGAGGAAACCUAGAUCAAGGCAAAGCCGGAAAGCCGGAUGA